UUUAAAUGCACUGGCUCCUACGACUUUAUGUUUCCACAUUUGCAUCAUUUAUUCGCGCUAAGCGUCCCCCAAUAAGCCCGGUAGGAUCAGGAACCGCAAAUUUCUGCAGAGACCCAUUUUCCAUAUAACCCCAUUAGGUCCAGACGGGAAGGCUAAAUGGCGCUUUCUGUGGCUACAAGGCAUCAUGGGAGUUGUAGUUCUGUGGUGUAGUGGCGACAGGCGUCGACCGAAAAACACGCUUUUGCGUCCGCGAAAUGCCUUUCGGGAGUUGUAUUUCUACAUCUUCCCAGUCGCCUUUGCUGAUUCCGUUGCCGCCAGAAACAAUGCCAGGGAGCCGAGGUGGGAAGUCCCGAGAAGCCGCCAACCCCUCCGUUGAGGGUGGGACGGAGUUGGUGACAGAACGAGUCCUUCGGGAGGCCCACUCACUUUAUGUUCACCCGGGUCAUGGUUUGGUGUCCAUAGGAAAGCGCCUGGGCCUGACCCUGCUUCCCCCUCGCCGUAGAAUCACUGUCAUGGUGAUGGGCAACCACAGUGCUGGGAAGAGCAGCUUUAUCAACUGGUAUGUAGAGGAACACAUCCAACGUACUGGGGUUGCUAUUGAGACUCAGGGCUUCACCUUCAUCACCAGUGGAAAUAAGCGAGAAUCUCUCACGGGCAAUGCUACACUCCACCUCUACCCUCAUUUUCAGAUUUUGCAGAACUUCAAAGGAGUGCCAGAAUACAUGAGUACUGAGAUUUGUACCGCCAAGCAGAAACAAUUUCCUCUGAUCACUUUUCUUGAUACUCCUGGCUUGGUGGAUGGUGAUAUGAAAUACCCUUUUGAUGUGGAGAGAGCACUGAUCUGGUUUGGUCAACUCUGCGAUCUCAUCCUGGUCUUCUUUGAUCCCAUGGGGCAGGCUCUUUGCAAACGCACCUUAAAUAUAGUGGAGAAGAUCAAUGAAGAGCAUGGCGACAAGUUACACUUUUAUCUGAGCAAAGCUGAUGAGGCAGGCACUGAGGGUGACCGACAGAGAGUGUUGAUGCAAAUUGUUCAAGAACUUUGUAAACGCCCUGGCCUCAAUAAAUGUGGGUUUGACAUGCCUACGAUUUACAUUCCCAGCCCCAAUAAGUUGAGUCGGUGUGUUAAUCAGAUUGAGGAGGUCUGUCACACAAUUGAGAAGACCAUCAGCCAGACUGUGCAGCAUACACUGAAUACUUUGGAAAGGGAUUGCCGGCUCAUUGAAGAAGCCACACAGCGUUUGCUAGAGGAUGACAAAGAGGCCAGAAACAGCAACUUCCAUGCUUUCUUCCGUGGGAUGCUUCUGGGCAUACCAGGUUGCCUAUUGCCUAUUUUUCUUCUUCUGACAUUGAUAUUUGGCACAACAUUUGCUCGCCAACUGUGGACCUUGGUCUUGGGGGAGAAGCAAAGCCAGGCCCUGGAACUAUACAUACAGCCGGUUGCAUCAAUAUGGAGGCUUGUCCCUGAAGAUCAAACCUUAACAGUAUUUUUUGGCCUUCUCUUCCUCUCGAUUCUCUUCCUACUCUUGGCCAACUACACUCUCAGAAUGAAGCCCACUCUCUCCAAAAAGCAGAAGCGGCAGCUGGAAGAUCGACGGGAUUACGUGUUGGAUGUGGUCUUGGCUAAGAAGAGAAAGCUGUAUGAGGAAUACCUUCGACAGAGCAUUGGUGAACAGGACUUGAGCUGAAAUCAGCCUAUUCUGAAGAGAUUCCAUGCCCCUCUUCUCCCCACUGCCCUCCAUCAAUACCCAGAGAAGAGCAUUUACAACGGCAAGCUGUCGAAGUCUAGUUGAUCCAAUCCAGUUGCCAUUUCUUUCACACCAGUUGGAUAGGGAUGGCAUCCUGGGGCCUUUUGAACCGUGACUAACCAUACUUCUAAUGUCCUACAUCUGAAAGGAUUGAUUUUUUUUUUUUUUUUUUUUUUUUUUUUUGCUAAUCUGUUUGCUGCCUGUGGAUAGAAUGAUGUUUUUAGACUUAGGAGGGGACUGUAGCGGCAAAGAUUAACUCUGCAUCCAGCUGAACUUGGCUCCUGGUUUUAGGGAUGGUAGAGCCUUGCCCGAUGUUAAAAUAGGCAACUUUAUAAACCAGUGAUCUGCUUUGUUGGCUCCAAUCAUAAUGGGUAGAUAUAUUUGCAUCAAGAUGUAAUGGGCACCAUUUCUGGAUUGCUGCCUUAGUCACUCAGUGAUCUAAAGCGACAGUUCACAUAAACUUAUGCUAAAUAUAGCAUAAUUUUAUCUGUCAUUUGUAGAAUACCUCAUAUUUCUAAAUGUACCAGCAUGCUACGGGCAUGCAGAUGACUGUAUUCCCUUCCAUUUCAAGCAAGUGCCUUUAUGUGACCAUCUCUUGGGAGUGAAAGAUGGGACAUGGUUCCUGGUAACAGUCUCUUCAUUGUUUGGUCAUAGCCCAACCAAUGCCAGUAUAUACUUAACACUGUGAGAUUUCCCCAAACCUGUGACCUUCUAGGCUUUAUAAUUUAUUCAGCAUCCCAUGGAACACACUGGGAACCCCAAGCCAGCUUUUCCUCCAAUGCCAGGAAGUAUAAGUUAUGCUGAAAAGAACCCACUGUUUUGGCCAGUACAGCUCACUUGAUUUCACUGCCCUGCAUUCAUCAAUUCUGGGAUACCGCCAUUAUCAUGGCUGUAUCUAGAAACAACACUUUGCUGACUCUUCUGAAAUGCUAUGUAUUAAGUCCUUCUGAAGUUAGACUUCAGUUCCCAUCAGCCUUAAGCAAAAUAAUGUAGUUCAUCACAGGGCUGUGGAGUCGGGAGAUAAAUGUUCCGACUCCGACUCCUCAGUUUUUUGUACUUCCGACUCCGACUCCUCAGUUUUUUGUACUUCUGACUCCAACUCUGACUCCGGUCUUUAUUCUUACAGUAGAGAAGUCAUUAAUUAUAACUUUUUGUGAAUUGGGACAUUUAAACUUGCUUUUUUUAAAAUUCCAAUCUAAAUUUAGUAGGAGUCAGAGUCGGUGCAUUGUUUGCUGACUCCGACUCCAGGUACCCAAAAUUUCCUCCGACUCUGACUCCGACUCCACAGCACUGGUUCAUCAUGUUAUAGAGGUGACAUUACUGUGCAGAAUUUUUAACAGGGUCCUUUAUAGUAAGUACAACAAAAGAAAUUAACUUCUGGCUUCAAAUUGAACAAGAAUUUUCUAUUUGGGGAUAGGAAAACAGUUGACCCAUAUUACCCUGACUGAUAAUCCAUUAAGAUAAUUUUGGUAGCUCUUUAUCCUCUGUUCCCUAUCAAAUUGAGGGGGGUGGGGGAAUUGGUUUGCAUUGUCUUUGCUUCUCUGCAAGCUCUUUUAUCUUAUUGGCAUGAAUUUCUGGAGAGUGGCAGAGAUGGAGGUUGACAAACCACAUUAAAUAUUUGCCAGAAGUUAUUUAACAUUUAUUAUAAUGCAUCUUUUCUUGGGGCAUUGAACUGACCUGAAAUCAAAGGAUUAAUUUUUUAUGCCAUGUGCACCAGUAAAUACUGCCAACAUACUUCGGAAGGGUAGAGGGGGGGAUUUGACUAUUUAAUAAAAGCUUAUUGUAAAAUC